AUGAAAGAAAUAGAACUGGAUAGGCCAGAAGAAAAGAAAAAAAAAGUGAAAAAAGAAAAAAAGAUUGGAUAUGGCGGUAAAAAAUCACCAGAAGAAAAUUCAAACUUUUUAUCAAAUUUAACAUUUUCAUGGGCCGAUGGAUUUGUAAUUCAUUGUUUUAGAAAUGUUUUACAAUUAUCACAUCUUUGGGAUCUUGCAUCAUAUGAUAAAUCUGAAUAUUUAGCCAAAAAAAUCGCAAAAUCAUGGGAAAUCGAAAUUCAAAAACCAAAACCAUCAUAUUUAAGGGCUGGAUUUAGAGCAUUUGGAAAAUUACAAUUAUUAAGUAUUUUUUUAUAUGCAAUAAGUGUUGGAAUCCAAUUUGUUGGACCAGAAAUUUUAGGUAGAAUGGUUACAUUUGUAGUUGAAUCAAAAUUAGGAACAUCCACAGAAGAUCCAAAUAUGGGAUACUAUUAUGCAUUGAUUAUGUUUGGGACUGCGAUGAUUGGUUCAUUUUGUACAUACCAUGCUAAUAGAAUUUCAUUUAGAACUGGCGAUCGUUUAAGAUCAAUCAUUGUUUUAGAUGUUUAUAAAAAAGCAAUUAAAUUAUCAAAUUCAGCAAGAUCAGAUACAUCACCAGGCCAAAUUGUAAAUUUGAUGAGUAAUGAUGCUCAAAGAAUGGUUGAAGUAUUUGGAAUGUUUAAUAAUGGCGCACUUGCAUUACCACAAAUUAUUAUUUGUCUUGCAUUAUUAUAUAAAAAGAUUGGUUGGCCAACAUUUGUAGGAUUGGGUUUAAUGUUAGCUGCAAUUCCAUUCAAUGGAAUGGCUGCAAAGAAAUUAACUGAAACUAGAAAAUAUUUAGUCUCACUUUCAGAUAGUCGUGUUAAAGCUACAAAUGAAAUUUUACAAGCUAUUAAAAUUAUAAAAUUAUAUGCAUGGGAAGAUAGUUUUGCUAAAAAGGUUAUUGAACAUCGUAAUAAUGAAAUUAAAUUAUUAUUUUCAUAUAGUCGUUAUAGAACUAUUUUAAUUGUUAUUAUUAGUGCUUUACCAACUGCUGCUGCUAUUUUAGUAAUUUCAUCAUAUUAUGGACAUGAGAAAUCUUUAGAUGCAAGUAGAAUUUUUAGUGCACUUUCAUAUUUAAAUUUAUUAAGACUUCCAUUAGGUUUCUUACCAAUUAUAAUUGCAUUGGGUAUUCAAAUGCAAAUUGCAGGUAAAAGAGUUACUGAUUUUCUAUUAUUACCAGAAAUGAAAGAUAUUCAACAAAUUGAUAAUCCUUCAUUACCAAAUGGUGUUUAUAUGAAAAAUUCAACAACAACUUGGAAUAAACUUAAAGAAGAUUCAUUUGGUUUAAAAAAUAUUAAUUUUGAAGCUACUGGAACAUCAUUAACAAUGGUUGUUGGUUCAGUCGGAUCGGGUAAAUCAACAUUGGUACAGGCAAUGUUGGGAGAGUUAGAGAUUAUUGAUGGAGAAAUCGGUAUUAAAGGCUCAAUUGCUUAUGUACCUCAACAAGCAUGGAUUAUCAAUGCAACAUUAAAAGAGAAUAUUAUUUUUGGUAAAGAAUUGGAUGAAGAAAGGUAUCAAAAAGUAUUAGAAGUUUGUGCAUUAAAACGUGAUAUUGAAUUAUUUCCACAAGGUGAUUCAGUAGAAAUUGGUGAACGUGGUAUUAACCUUUCAGGUGGUCAAAAACAAAGAGUUUCAAUUGCUCGUGCAGUAUAUUCAGAUGCAGAUGUUUAUAUUUUAGAUGAUCCAUUAUCAGCAGUGGACUCACAUGUUGGUAAACAUUUAUUCCAUAAAUGUUUUAAAGGUAUUCUAUCAAGUAAAACAGUUAUUUUAGUAGCAAAUCAAUUAAAUUAUUUACCAUUUGCUGAUAAUACAGUUGUAUUAAAAUCAGGAGAAAUCGUUGAAAGAGGUACCUAUUAUGAAUUAAUUAAUUCUAAAUUAGAAUUUUCAAGUAUUCUUGAAAAGUAUGGUGUUGAUGAAAAUGUUAUAUCCAAAAAAGAUGACAUUGAUGAAGAUGAAGAUGAAGAUCAAGAUACUAUUGAAAAGGUUGAAAUAGAUUUAAAUAAAGAUGAAAAGUCUCAACCAAAAUCAAAAUCAUCAAAUACUGACGGAACAUUAAUAUCAGAGGAAGAAAGUGAACAAGGAGCUGUUGCGGGAAAGGUAUAUUGGAAAUAUGUCACAGCUGGUGGUGGUUUAUUAUUCUUGGUUUCAAUGAUAUUCUUUUUAUUAGAAACUGGUUCAAAAACAUUUUCAGAUUGGUGGUUAUCACAUUGGCAAACAGAGUCAUCAGAAAGAAUGGAAUCAAUAUUACUAGGUGAGGAACCUACUGGUUUAACUGAUGAUCAAAAUUUAGGUAUUUAUAUUGGUCUUGGUAUGGCAGCUGUUUUCAUUUCAGUUUGUAAGAAUUUUAUUUAUUAUGAAUAUUCAGUGUAUGCAUCACGUGCAAUUCAUCAUGAGUUGUUCAAUGCAUUAUUAAAGAAACCAAUGUAUUUCUUUGACCAAACACCAAUUGGUAGAAUUAUAAAUCGUUUCACUAGAGAUUUAGAUGGUAUUGAUAAUUUAAUCGCAACUUCAAUAUCAACAUUUUUAACUUUAAUGUUAACUGUAAUUGCAACUAUUAUCCUUGUUUCAAUCAUUGUUCCAUUCCUUUUAAUUCCAUUGGCACCAAUUAGUAUAAUAUUCUUCUUUUUACAAUACUUUUAUAGAUAUACAUCAAGAGGUUUACAAAGAAUUGAAGCUAUUACACGUUCACCAAUUUUCAAUCAUUUCUCUGAAACUUUAAAUGGUGUAGUUUCAAUUAGAGCAUAUAAAAAACAACAAGAGAAUAUAUUAAUAAAUCAAAAACGUUUAGAUGAUAAUAAUAAUUGUUAUUUAACACUACAAGCAAUGAAUAGAUGGUUAGGUUUGCGUUUAGAUUUUUUAGCAAAUUUAAUUACAUUUUUUGCUUGUAUUUUCAUUACAAUCGAUAAGGAUACAAUUAGUCCUGCAAAUGUUGGUUUAGCAUUAGGUUAUGCACUUUCAUUAACUGGUAAUUUAAAUUAUGCAGCACUUCAAGCAGCCGAUACUGAAACUAAAAUGAAUUCAGUUGAACGUAUUUCACAAUAUAUUAGAGGAGCAGUUGAAGCACCACAAAUUAUUGAUGAUUGUCGUCCAUCACCAGAUUGGCCAAUAAAUGGGUCAAUUAAAUUUGAUAAUUUAGUAAUGCGUUAUCGUGAAGGAUUAGAUCCAGUAUUAAAAGGUAUAACAUGUGAAAUUAAAGCAAAAGAAAAGAUUGGUAUUGUAGGCCGUACUGGUGCAGGUAAAAGUUCAAUCGUUUUAGCAUUGUUCCGUUUAAUUGAAGCUUCAGAAGGUUCAAUUUCAAUUGAUGGUGAAAAUAUUGCCAAAUUCGGAUUAAAAGAUUUACGUAGAAAUUUAGCAAUCAUUCCACAAGAUCCAGUAUUAUUCAGUGGUACACUUCGUGAAAAUUUAGAUCCAUUCAAUGAACGUUCUGAAGAGGAUUUAUUUUCAACAAUUGAAGAUAUUCAAAUGAGUGCAGUUGUUAAAUCUUUAGAGGGUGGUUUAGACUCAAAAGUAACAGAAAAUGGUGAAAACUUUUCAGUUGGACAAAGACAAUUAAUUGUAUUAGCUCGUGCAUUAUUAAGAAAACCAAAGAUUUUAGUUUUAGACGAAGCAACUGCCUCUGUCGAUGGUCAAAGUGAUUCAUUAAUUCAAGCAACAAUUCGUAAUAAGUUUAGUAAUUGUACAAUUUUAACAAUUGCUCAUAGACUUAAUACAAUUAUGGAUAGUGAUAGGAUUAUGGUACUUGAUGCAGGUAAAAUUAGUGAAUUUGAUGAACCAUGGACAUUAUUACAAAAUCAAAAUGGUUUAUUAACAUGGUUAGUAGAUGAAACUGGUCCUCAAAAUGCAAUUUAUUUACGUAAAUUAGCUGAAGCAAAGAAAAAUGGUAUAGAUAUAAAUGAAAUUAUGCCAAUUGAUAAUGAAACAACUCCAAAGGAUAAUAUCAAUACACCACCACCACCACCUCAAUAA